AAGUGCCAGAUGCGUGGGCCACCGUCAAGGACCUCCGGGUCGGCAGGGGGUGCUGCGGCAGUUCCCAAACGCCGGCGGACUGCGCAGUCAUGCUCACCGCCACGGCAGAGGUGCCGGCUGCUGUGGACGCUCCCGCAUCUACGGAGCCGGCGUGGGCCUGGAGAGACGCCCCGAUCUCCACGUUGGUACAGAGGAUCCAGCAGCUGCAGAAUGAACGCGCGCAGGCCUUCCGCCGCCUGGACCAAGCUCACCGCCAGUACCUGCUCAGCGGCCAGCACCACGACUUCCCGAGUUAUCGGAGUGUCGUGCACGAGGUGACCCAGGCCUUCGCCGCUGCCUCUCGGGAGGUACUGGCAGUGGAAGCGGAACUAGCGGGGCCUCGUGCGCAGCCGGUGCUCGCUCGCCACGUGCGCAGCCUGCAGGACCUGGAACAGACGCGCCUGGCCACGGUGGCGCUGCUGCAGGUGAUGGGGACACCAGGAGUGUCAGAACAGGAGGACCCUGAAAAGUUGCACCAGCUGAAAAUAAAGGUAAUUAAAACCAUGGAGGCGAUCAGCGAGGUUCUGCAGGAACUCAGGUUUGAUGCCGAAUCUGCAGAGUGAGGGCGGCUCCCCAGGGACCAGAGGAAGAUGGGAAAGAGGCCCAUGGCGUCCAGCCCAGCCCUGAUCGCCAGCUGGCUGAGGUCGUGCCCCUCCAGGCUGCCCUCCAAUGCUCCUCACGAAAUAAAGAAUUCUCCCUCUGCA